AUGACUCGCAUCGGUUUACCUCUUCUUUAUCCAUUUUUUAAGGGUGAAUCAUUAGAAAAUGAAUUUGGAUUUGUGAAUUAUUAUCAUAAUAAUUCAAUUAAUCGGUUUCUACACACUCUUACAUUGCCUUUACUUAUAUUUUCUUUACUAACUAUAACACAUUCUAUUGAUUAUCGUCUCUGUAUGUUAUUUUAUAUCGUCUAUUGUGCAAUUAUAUUUAUGUUCGAUAUUAAAACUGGUCUUGCUUUUUUCUCGCUAUUUGCUUUACUUUAUGUUCCGGCAACAGUAUUUUCUUCUCAAGGAAGCUUAGCUAGUUUCUACGGUUCCUUAAUAUUUUUUACUGCUCUAAUUAUUCAAGGCCUCGGGCACUAUAUAUUUCAACAAGCUGCUCCUGCAUUUCGUCUAUUCGAAGCAACAUUUACAACUCCAGCCUAUUUAAUGAUGUAUCUUAUAACCAAUCAUAAUGACAUAUUUUGGAAUAAUGUUAAAAAUGAAACAAGUAAAUGGAAACAAAUUCUUAAAAAAUAA